GAGUAUUGAAUUUUGCUUCUCAUUAUCUUUCUGUUAAGAUAUUCCCGGAAUGGCGGAUCUAGCACAGAUCGCGGGUCCGCACUUGGAGCAGUACGAGGGACUGUUUAGAGAGGCAAAUCCAGGGAACCUUAUUGCCGUUGCUGCUGUUGAUGCUGCUGCGUUUUUGAAGCGCUCUAACUUGAAUAUGCAGCAGCUAGGACAGAUCUGGGAACUCGCUGAUUACCAAAGAAAAGGAGCACUUGAUAAAAAAGGGUUUUUUAUAGCCUUCAAGCUUGUUGCGGCUGCUCAGCAAGGGCUUGCUGUAUCACCUAUUUCCAUCACGGCUAGCGGCUUGAAUCUGCCUCAUUUCGAGGGUGUUAUCGUGAGACCCCCAAUGACUCAGCGUCCGUCGAUCGACGUUAGAACUCCUCUGAGCCAGCGUCCGUCAAUCGACGCUACAUCUUCCGGCCCCAGCGAAUGGUGUAUAAAUGCUGCUGACCAGGUCAAGUAUGAUACAAUUUUCGAUUCAUUAUCACCAGUCGAUGGGAAGUUACCUGGAGCAAAAGUCCGACCAGUGCUGUUGAACUCUGGGUUGAACCCCACGAUUCUCGCCAAAAUUUGGGAAUUAGCAGAUCAAGAUAAGGAUGGUCAACUUGAUCGUAUAGAAAUGAGUGUCGCAAUGCAUCUCGUUUAUAAAGCCCUCCAAAAUGAGCCUGUUCCCGCAGUUUUGCCCGCUUCUCUAAUUCAUCCUUCGAAGGCCAUGUUAUCAAGACGAACAUCUGCAGCUUCUCUAUCUGGUAUGACUGGAAGUAUACCACCACCAGUUCCAAUGCCACCGCACCCGCACUUCCAAGCCGGUCAGGCAAGUUAUCGAUCGCGCGCUGGAAGUAUGACUUCUUUGGAUAGCAUCGGACAUUCCUCAAAGCCAUCGCAGUUCGAAAACAGAAGCGCAUCGGUGCAGCCAAAUCAGAUCCCAAGGAAUGAAAGUGCGCCUGCUACUCCUGUUCGUGGAAUGAUUGCGCCUAUGUCAAUGUCUGUUGCUAGUAGCAGUAAUUGCUCGCUUGAGUGGCCCGUCGACAGAUUGUCUUCGGCUGCCCAGUUCGCUGCUUGUGACACUGAUUCGGACGGCUUCGUUAGUGGGAAUGAUGUCAAGCAUGUUCUGCUCAAUUCAGGUCUGCCACAGAGUGAACUUGCGCAAGUGUGGGCACUGUCGGAUAUCAAUCAAACUGGAAGACUCAAUCAGGAGCAGUUUGCACUCAUAAUACAUCUUGUAAACAUGCGAAAGCGUGGAGAGGACUUGCCCUCAGCUCUACCACCAUUUCUCAUUCCACCUUCACUUCGUGCACUCUCUGUUCCGGAAAAUGGACACAUUAACGACAGCAACGUUAACACGAGCAGUUUGAGCGCGGGCGACUCUGAAGAAAUGCGAAAAAUAACGGAGGAAAUGGAAAAACUGCUUGCGGACAGAAGGGAAGCCGAUGCUCAGGUUUCACAGUUGGAAGCAGACAUGAAAGUCAAGGAUAGUCAAAUCAAGAAUCUGCAGGUGGAGCUUCGCACUUUGGAAGUCACUGUGAAGCAAUUGGAAAGACAAAAAGCGGAAGCUGGGCGCCGUCUCGCUGAUCUGGAUGAACAAAUUAAGCAGUUAGAGUCAGCUGCUUUAGCUCAAGCGAAAAAAGCAGAGGAGGCGCAAACUAGAUUGAAUCAGCUUGUGAAAGACACACAGAAGGAUGCAGCUCAUGCUGAGGCCGAUCAGCAAGAAAUAGCUCAACUCAAGGCAGAGUUAGCUCAGCUUGAAACGGAGCGUCUCACAUUGUCCAGUCAGCUUGCAAAUGAACAGAAAGGGAUGGAAUCUGCUGUUGACAAGUUAACUGAUAUUGAGCGUAAACGACAACGUGAUGAAGCGCAGCGUGCGCAACUUCAUGAUGCGAUUGCCCAUGCGACAACGGCUGUCAGUGAUCUUGAAACGGUGCUGAAAUCAAGUGAUCCCUCGGCUGCAUUGUCCAGCAAACUCAACUUGUUGGAGGACAUUUCGAGGAAGGAUUUGUUCAAUGACGCUCCUUUCGUCACUGCAUCUACAUCCAACCAAACAACUGGCUUUCAGCAGCCACCAGAUCCAUUUGCUGGGGUUCAAACUGGUGAUGGUCACCAUGCUGAUCCCUUUGCUCAAACUGAUCCGUUCGCGGCAGCUGCAGCCACAGGGAAUUUUGCUGUGCCAUUUCCGCAAGAUCCUUUUGCUGGAGCAGCUGGAACGGCAGCACCAUUUGAACCUGCGGCAGGAGGGAAGGCUCCACCGCCUCGGCCUGCACCUCCAAAAUCUAGCGCACGACAGACGCCUGUGAAUGGAGAUCCAUUUGCGAACACGGAUCCAUUUGCUGCUGAAUCUACAAAUGUACCAGGAGGAUUUGCCGACUUUUCUUCCUUUGGCGCUUUCUCGAAUUAACAUUGUAGCUCAAAUAUAACAUGACUUAUAGAAGGAUACUCAUUGAAUCCCGGAUAGCGACUUUUUGCGCCAUAUGUAGUAAUUUAUUCCUAGGAAUCAUGAUUCAAGCUUUGUAUCCAUGUUGUAGUCUUGUAGUCAUUCACUUGCUUGCUUCCUGCUUAAGCUGU